AUGAGUUCAAGCAAGGCCAAUAUUUCCCCGUCAACAAUAGGCGACGUCCACGCCAACAAGUAUCAGGUCAUUGGCAUGCUUGGUUUCGGGACCACAUCUACAGUGUUGCUUUUGAGAAAUCUCCAAGAUCACGAGUAUGUGACGUUGAAAGUCUGUACUCGAGAUGGAGAUGACAGGCGUGAAAUUGAGAUAUACGAGAAACUGAGAUCGGCAAAUCCCUCUCAUCCUGGAUAUAGCUGUGUUCAAACGGCUCUCGAGUCAUUCACACUCCAUCGGCCAGAGGGCGGCCACAAGUGUCUUGUUCAGAAACCCAUGUGGGAGAGUCUUCAAGACCUUCUCCGCCGAAACCCCACACACCGUUUCAAUGAAGAGCUUCUCAAGGGGACUCUGCAGUAUGUACUUUCUAGUCUCGAUUAUCUACACACUGAUUCUAAGGCAUUUACCAAGGCAGAGUUGGAGGUGCCAUCUCCUCGAAAGUCCAUCAACGGCUUCACUGUGUACAAGUCUCGCACAUUUGACCUUCCAAAAGACUUUGGUGGUGUUGUGCUGAGUGACUUUGGCUGCGCGGUCGAAGGAGAUAGGAAAAGGAACCACGAUGCUCAGCCGAAUGUGUACAGGUCACCAGAGGUUAUGCUCAAAACGGAGUGGAGCUAUCCAGCAGACAUAUGGAAUGUGGGCGUCAUGAUCUGGGACUUGUUCGAGGACAAGCACAUGUUCUAUGGUGAUGAUCCCACUGGUAUAGGUUAUUCGACACGCGCCCAUCUCGCUGAAGUGAUUGCCCUUCUAGGUCCACCGCCGCUGGACAUGAUUAGUCGCGGAGUGAGAAGCCGAGAGUUUUUCUCAGAAGAUGGGAAAUGGAUAUCGGAUGUCCCGAUACCACUGGAAACUAGUCUCGAAGAGUCAGAGGAAAACCUCGAGGGCGAAAACAAGGCAGAGUUCUUGAGAUUCAUGCGAGGCAUGCUUCAGUGGCGCCCUGAGGAUAGGAAAACUGCUAGUGAGCUCCUGAAGGACCCAUGGCUAAAUAAGUGGCCGUGAGCGUGCGUCCUUCCUGAGAAAUGUACCCUUCCUGCGCCGCAGCCAUCCGGUCCCAGGCGCAGUGUUGCUUAUACGCACGACAUCCCGCUCACAACGCCGGUGACCAAUUUCCAUCCACCACUUGAUGUACCUGCGACCGGUUGCGAUUAGGUGGGCAGUGUGAUCAGUACAGAGCCGCAUAACGUCAACCAGUAGCUCAUACCGGAUCCUUUCCGUCGAUUCUGAAGAUCAUGGCACCCGUUUGCGAGCGGGGAGAAUGCGCAGGCUUGCCACGGAGGCAUCUAUAUAUUAUAUACGAUAGCCACAACAAGAGCACCAAAUCAAACUGCAACCACCUGCCUUCCAGGGAUCCCAUAGAUGAAUCAAUGACACAUGGCACCCAUCUAUCUCGGUAUAAGACUCGCACAAGCCUGCUAAGCCAUUUCGUAUACUUAAUCUAUUGCUAGAUCCUUUCAAUAUCCAACGUCCAAGCGCUUUGUAUAGUCUCGAGCACAUGGGCACAUGGGUGAUCUUCCACAGGUCAAUAUCUGCGAGGCCGAGGUAUUGACGAUUGACGAAAGUUAUUGAACGGCGCGUGCGAGGAGUCAGGCGGGCCCAUUGCCGGGGUGUUGUAGACGGUUGGAGAAGGGAUCCAUGUGGGCGAUAAAUCUGCUACGCAAUCUGUUCCUAUAAACCGCUAUCGUACCUAGUGUACCGUUAUGGACGUUUUCAUGGGAGAUGCCUGCGUGCUGGUCUUGCGUGAGGAAGCGGGAGUGUGAAUGCAGAACCUUGAAUCCGACAACAGCAUAGCUCGAUUCAUUCGCUGCGCAUCGAGGACAAUGUUACGUGCUAUCCAUGAUUGUUACUUCUAUGACACUCUAGGGCACCGGGGGUCUGACAGAGUGCUGAAGCUCCAGGACAGAAUUCAUCCAUGGCGCAUGUAUCUAUUCAGGAAUAAUAAAGCUAUCUACAGGAGAUCUACUGGAUAUAGCUAAAUAACAUGCAAAAUUCAAUAGGUGCUAGAAUUUUCUACCAGGAC